UCGGGGGACUUUUUGCCCUCUGCUCCCGGGAACCUCAGGCAGCCACCCCCGUGGGCACAAGCCCAGGCGCUGUUCCUGCCCAGCGCUCCCUCCCUCUGCCUUUACUUCUCAACUGCCAAGAUCUUGGAAGCUUUGAAGCUCAGCAAAGAAGGGAAAUCCAUUGAGAACAGUCUGUAAAGUGAUAUCAGACAUGGUGAAUGUGUUUACACCGCGGAAAUUGGCAAACACUGCAGUGUGAGCAUCUCCCUGUCCCUGAACAGUUGGUCCUGGAAAAGUGACCAACACUUAGUAGGUACUCAGCAAAUACUGACUCAGUGAACAAAGGAAUGAAUUAUUAGCUCCAUAUGGGUAGGGGUUCCUGUGAUUGACACUGUGCUACAGUCCUUGGCACAUGUGAGGUGCUCUACCUGACAAACAUGGACUGCCAGCCUGCCGACAGCCUCUGCAGAAACUCCGCACACCCUUCCGUUGAGUGUUCUGAGGAAGUAACCGUCUUCAUACAGGGAAAUUUUUGCUGAACUGGAAAAACAGUAGGAGUGUUUUGCCUUCACUCCAUCACCGAAUAGCAGGUGUCCAGGUUCUGGUUGCCUGUUACACACUUCACCUUGAGGAGAUGUCGUUCAGAUUUGGCCAACAUCUCAUCAAGCCCUCGGUGGUAUUUCUCAGAACAGAACUGUCCUUUGCCCUGGUGAACAGGAAGCCUGUGGUACCUGGACAUGUCCUCGUGUGUCCUCUCCGGCCAGUGGAGCGCUUCCGAGACAUGAGUCCCGAAGAAGUGGCUGACUUGUUUCAGGCUGCACAGAGAGUCGGCACAGUGGUGGAGAAGCAUUUCCAGGGCACCUCGCUCACGUUCUCCAUGCAGGAUGGCCCUGAAGCUGGACAGACGGUGAAGCAUGUUCACAUCCACAUUCUUCCAAGGAAGGCUGGAGACUUUGACCGGAAUGACAGCAUCUAUGAUGAGCUCCAGAAACACGACAGAGAGGAUAAAGACUCCCCAGCCUUGUGGCGGUCAGAGGAGGAGAUGGCGGCCGAGGCUGCAGCGCUGAGGGGCUACUUUUAGUGACGCAGGCACGGAAGGAACGGGAACAAAUCCCCAGGCAUAAGGAAACGGGCCUCGUGCGUUAGGGCCCUGCGGCCUUGGAAAUGCAGCUAAGCAAACUUUAUUACAUCCUACAAUUCGACAGCCUUUUGCAAAGCAUUUUAUUAUGCUUGUGGAAACCACCGGGGUUAUGUUUCAAUCACCGUGACUGACAGGCUGCCUUCAAAACCACGGCACCCACUUGCCCUUCCACACUUCCUCAGCUACGUACUUAGAAUAGAACUUUUCUAACUUGUCCCUUGGCCUGGAUGGGAAAUAAAAAUGCUAGUUAAAAUAUU